AUGACUGAAGCUACCAUGGAUUUCCAGCGUUUUGAUAAGCAAAACAUAUUUUCUGAAUUUCAUGAUGAGGAACGGCGGGCCCUCAUGCGAGACCUCGUCCAGAAAUUCCCGGAUAUAAGGCGGAUCCCUCGCUCAGUGUUUUUUUUCCUGUGGUUUUCGAACAUUGAGGAAUUGAGGCGAUUCCUCAAUCUCGAAUCCACAUAUCUGCUGAUCGCUUUGACCGAGCCUAAGGUGGAUAUGGCAGGAAUCUGGGCCGGCGGCAAGAUUCUCCCAAAGGAAACCGGAGUUCUCACCUCUCCCCCGCGUUCCUCGAGGAUCCCAGGACCACGUCACUCUCGCUCAGAGAGUCCUCAGAAGCGACUUCCCCAAAGUCGCAGUCGUACUAGUCCUGAGUGUGAAAUUCCUCCGCGGGAAAGACGUAGUACUCAGGCGAGACUUUCGGUAAAGUUACCUAAAAAAUCAAAAAAGAAUACUACUAAGUUGUUUCAGGCGCUGUGCCGUGAUGAAUACCAGUGCGUGUUGACCCAGCAGGGGAUGCCGAUGGUCGAGGUGUCCCAUAUCAUGCCCUAUAAGAUGCAAGGCAGUAGUAGGGCAACGGACUGGGCUAGGCUUCGAUUUUUCUGGGGCGAAGAACAAGUCAAAAACUGGCAACGGGACAUCAUGGGGGACAACCACCGAAUGAGCACUGAGCAAGUCUAUAAUAUGAUAUCGUUCUCGAGCACUAUUCACGAUGCCUGGAAUAGGUGUCUGUGUGCGUUCCGGCCCGUUCAGAUGAAUGAGGAGAAAACUAGAAUGGACAUUGCUUUCCAUUGGUUGCCUCUCCGCGACGAUAAGCUCAGGCAGUCAGACCAAGUCUUGUGCCUCAAGAACCCGUAUAGCGCAAAUUACCUACCGAAAUUAACCCCCGGGAACAAUAACUAUGUCUUUGACAUGGGCACGCAGCGUGCCAUUCCCUCGGGCUAUAUCUUUACGAUCAAGACCGAUGAUCCGAACGAGAGGCCUCUACCAUCUUUUGCUUUAUUGCAAAUACAAUGGAACCUCCACCGGAUUGCCGCUAUGCAGGGUGCCGGCGAGGAUGAGGACAGUGACUUCGAUUCCGACGGGGAUUCGAUAGUCGUCCCAUCAGGCUCAAGAUCGCCAGCCAAAGAUCUGCGUGGGGAGAAUAUUGCGCCGUCAAGAUCGUCGACUCGGUCCGUCUCGCCAACAAAGUUGCGGGAUCUCUCUGUCCUAUAUGAGGAUCCUGGUCAACUGUUCGAGCGUUAA